AUGUUGUUGUCCUAUGUACCAAAAAAACACAAAACUGUUAUAAUGUUGUCGUCGAUGCACCAUACAGAGAGCAUGGAUUCGGUCAAAGGGAUCCCAGAAAUAAUAUCAUUUUAUAACUCUUGUAAAGGAGGUGUUGAUUCCUUAGAUGAAAAAUGUGCCAAAUACUGCUGUGCAAGAAGGUCUAGGCGAUGGCCGUUGAUCAUAUUCUACAGAAUUUUAGAUAUUGCUGCUGUCAAUUCUUUUAUAAUGUCAAAUUAUAAUACUUCGGAUCGUCUGAGUUUCAUGAAAAAUCUUGGAAAAAGCUUAGUAAAGCCGCACCUCGAGCGAAGAUACACGACGCCGCAACUUUCACAUGAGCUUUCGAGUCUUAUUGUUCGUAUCUUGGGCAAAGAUAUGGCUACCGAAGUGGGUCAACCAAGUCAUGAAAUUAUAAAAUUUGAAACCAUGAAGAAUUGCUAUACGUGUUAUAAACUAAAACGUCGCAAAACAAGAUACGGUUGUCAAACAUGCGGUAAACCAGUAUGUUGGCAGUGCUCUAAGCCGACCUGCAACAACUGUUGUUAA